UGAGUUAAGAAACUCGACGCAGUGGAGAGUCCUUUAUUCAAACGGAGUUUUGCCCUAACUCGACAACACCUUAACUCGUCUGCCGAUUACGUCAAAUUAUCGACUAAAUUCUUUAUUGAGGUGGAUAAUAUAAUGACGUAUAUAUGAGGUAUAGACUUGGCCACACUUCCAGCGGUCGAAAAAAUAUGUAUACAAUUAAAUGAAAAUACAAUAUGAGUUUUUGCAAUAAGUCAGCAAUAUGAAUAAUUGCAUUGUUGAGGUGGAGUACGAAUAUGUUGUGUUAAAAAUAAAUGGUUACGAUAUUAGUCAUUUGCCAAGGUAUGAAGCGGUUCAAAAGUUCCUUCAAGCUAAAGAAACCCUUGUUGUUGAAUUGUGCAGACAGAAUAAUAAUGCAUUAGAUUUAGAACUGAAACCAGACGCCAAUCCCAAAUUGUCAGAUGUGGACAAAACCGACUCGAUUCUGCAAUCAAACAAAUGCGAAGCUGCCUUUUCUGCAUUAUUCGAAAAGCCAGCAGAAUUAGACCCAUCAGCGUCAACAAAAACAGCCUGUACCUCUCAACAAGUGGAUUUCAUCCCGUCCACAAUUCCUGCACCUUCGGAAGGAAUCACAACAAAGAAUCCUGUUAUAUUAACUCUGCGUGCUUUAGGCCAUGAAAAACGUUUAGGGUGUUCUGCACUUAUUGCGGCUUCGAAGGAAACACAAACUCAUACCUCAAUCGAUAACGACGUCUUAAAAGAUCAGGACUUAGUACAGCAGAUAACUGACCACUUUAUUGAGCAAGAACACCACUUGUUUGAACAAUGCUUGGAACCGGAAAUUGAUAUUGAGGAAGUAACGCUCAUUAAAGCGGUUGAAAAUGCAAACAGCGAUCAAAUGGGGCUGAUUGUUUGCUCUUCUGGAUUUCAGUCGUCAAACAUCGACACGAACAAAAGUGAUAUACUGUGCAAUGAUUCAGACCACUGCGAGGAUGUGUUUAUUAGUGGUAUUCAACCGAAAAGUAUAGCUUACCGAGAUGGUCGCCUACGACAGGGUGAUCAGAUCCUUCGUAUAAACGGUAUGGAUGUGAAAAACCAGGAGGAGGUAGAAGCACAUAUAGCGGAAAGUAGCACUGCAGUAACGCUCCUAGUUAGUCGAAUCCUAUACCCUGAAGACGAGGACGAUGAUGACAUUAAUUUUGAAUACGCCAAUACAUUUUUACCAGAUGACUACACGAAUGUAGUGGAUAAAUUGGAUAAGGUCUUAAUAAGUCAAGUUCAGUCUUUUGAAGAAGUAGCCAAUGAAACCAGGGUGAAGUCAGACAAAUGUUUUCACUCGCCAUCUGAACAGCAUCUAUUAGAUUCCGAUGUUAAAACAUCUUCCUUACCAAAAAAAAUGAUUGACCAGUCCAGCAAGUCGUGUAGUAAAAUCAAACUUCGUCCAGAUGCGAGUUUGGAUCAUCGAACAACUUCAAAUCAAUCUUCAAGUCAAAAUCAAGUUAAUGUCCAAUACGAGUACGACGAAAGUGAGCACAUUUACGAAACCAUUCCAGAAGAUUCUGAAUCUGAACCACUUUAUUGUUCUCCGUACCAAAGUUCAAACGGGAAGACAUCUAUCGGUUCUUGUUCAUCCGCAAUAGCAACGACACAGGACGAAGCUUUAGAAAAGACAAUGCAGCAACAAACUCAGCGAGUCGCUCAGUGGUUGGGCUUAAAACCGCAAUAUCCCAGACCUAUACACACUUUAGUUGGUCGUCCCCUGCCAUUGAAAUUAACCCAGCAACCAACUUGUAGUCGUGUUUUUACAUUGCGCAGCACAUUGACCAACACAAGCCGAUCCAGCAGUAGUGGAGUUGCAUACAGCGCCUAUGGACCAAAUAAUCUUGUUAAUGGAAAUGUGGCAUCUGGCGAAGAAGUUGAUAACUCAUCAAGUGCCUAUAACACUGGUGGCUCAAACAAUAGCGCCUCGCCCCAUCAAAAUACGACAAAUGUUGAGGACGAUAUCACUGCUAUCCAAAAAUUAGAAAAUGCAGUGAUUGAUGAUCCCAGAGAAUAUUUGGAUACAAAUGCUGUAAGCAGUAUGUUGCUAUUACCAUUUGGCAAAUCUGGUCGAAUCGGCCUUUGUUCUUCCAAUUUGCCAACAACGUAUGUCAGCGAGAUUCAAAGCAAGGCAAGCUACGAAAAUGAGAACAUUCAACUUCAAGGGGAUCAUAAAUUAUUGAGAGAUAAACAAACUGAAGAAUCGAAUAGCCAUUGUCCACAGUUCAACGCGCCAAAUUUAAGUAGCUAUCACUUCGUAAGUAGCCAAGAGGUUGCAAAGAGAUGCCAAGAAUCAACAAGUUCGAAACGAAAUUCUGGAUUGCCCAAUAGCGAAAAUGGUGACGGAAUUCCAAUGGUUUGGAAAGUUAAGAGACGCCCAGACGGAACGAGAUACAUUGUAAAACGGCCAGUACGCACUGGCAACCGUCCCCAAGUUUCUAACCGAAAAAACAUGCGCUGUAAUGAGCUUACCACAACGGAAGAAGAUACUGUAUCUGAGGUCAAAAUUGGUCGUUAUUGGACAAAAGAAGAACGAAAGCGGCACAUUGAACGAGCCAGAGAGAGGCGGCAUCAUCAAACGCAACAACAGCUGCAGUAAAAUUUCCACUUAUUCAUUUAAGUAUUAAAUAGCUUUAACUACCGUUUUCGUAAAUUGUAUAGAGGAGAGGUCCACAGGUUGGGACCCCUUUUGAUUUUGGUCUGCCAUUUGGUAGCUAGCUUGUGAAAGCUAUUUAUUUAGCUUUAAAUAAAAAGCAAAAAUAAAUUGUUCUCCUUUAUGAAAAAAAAGUUCAAUUUAAAAAAAGGUGAUGCAGAUUAGGGAUAAUUGAAAAAUCGCCUUAAUGCACUCCAAUUUUUAGGAAAAUAUUUAUUUUUGUUAUUACUUCUAAAACUAAAAGGAGAAGCAGCCUUUUUUUUUUAAUCAUGAAUGCCUUCAAAAUAAGUGGCUCUACCUACACUUCUCAAGUUAAAAUUUAAUACAAUUUUUUGACCAUCAAUUUAACACUUUUUCAGUACCUGGCUUAAGCUUGGCUUGAAAUUCGUUUGGUAAAAGUUUAAGAGCCUUAUAUUAAACAAAAUUGUUUUAGUAGACAAAUUUGGAGAGGGUUGACAGGUUUAACUUACAGAUUGUCCCAAUUUAUAGACCUCUCCCCUGUUUAAUUUUAAAAUUUUUAGUCGCUAUCGUAAAACUUUCAAAGCUUGCUUGCUUGUCACGACUCACGAAACUUACGGAGAUUAUAAGAUUUAAGUCUACGUAAGUGCAUAAUCAAGACUUAUAUUACUUCAUCAAAAAUUUUUGCUUAAUAAAUAUGUAGAUUUGAUAUUUUUUUUUAUUUUCAAUAGAACUCGUCCAUUGUAUAAGUUUUGACGAUCUUUGACAAAUAAAAAUAAAAAUAAAAUCAUUAAUUUGAAAUAUGUCAAACAACUUUCAGCAUAUAUAUAUUUCGUUGUCAAUUGUUCCUAACUAGUUAUUUGUUAAAGUAAUCCCAUCCAUGCAUACAGUCUUCGUUGAUGCUAAUGAAUAUGUAUCGCAUAUAAAUGCAUAUUACGUAAUUUUAAAAAUAAUUUGUGUAAGCUUCAACAUAAUUCUUAUAUAUUACGAAUAAUAUUGUUUACUUAAAAUAAAGUUUAAAAAAUGUACAAGA